CACAUGUGCACAGUGCAGUAACCAAUAUAUACCUAAAGAACAAAACCUGAUCGAGGAGAAGACAUGUCAUCCAAUCAUACACUGUACGCGCACACACACAUGAGACAUAUAUACACCGAUCUGAUCUGAUCCAAUCCUUGCUUAAUUCUUCUCCGGCUGGCCGGCCUCUCCUAUAGCUUAGCUUAGCUUGCGAGACUUCGUUCCACUAGUCUUCUCCUAAUUUCUUCCUCCUGCAAAUAUGCGUAGUCUUCUGUCAUCGUCGACCGUCAAGUGUGUCUCUCGCUGCACACGGAGAUGCAUGCACCUCUUGAUUGAUUGCUCGGUCGACUGAUUGCUUCUUACACACCGCAACUCGCUCUAAUUAGUUGGUUUAGCCUGUUUAGAUUUGUAGUAUUAGAAUCGUCACAUUCAAUAUGUACUAGAUUUAUUUAUUUUGAGACGAGCUAGAGCCGCUUGAUUAUUGUCGAUCGGUACUAGCUAGUGCUACUUAGUAAGCCGGCUAGUGGAGUACUCAAUCUCUGCUACUACUCGGCUAGCAGCUGGCUGCUGCUGCAGCAGUAGAACAUCAAGAGAGGAGGUUAAUUAGCUAGUACGUAGUACCUUGGCUGCUUUAAUGAACUCGAUCGAUCCACAGCUAGCUAGCAUAGCAGAGCAGCAGUAAUGGAGGAGCAAAGAGGCGAGGAGGAGUGGGUGAUGUGGGGAUCGGCAGGGAGAAGACGAAUCAUCAGGCAAUCGGCGUCGUGGGAGGAGCAGGCGUUCGCGCGCGAUGCGGCGGCCAACGCCAACCUCGGCGGCUGCGUGUGGCCGCCGCGCUUCUACACGUGCAGCUUCUGCCAGCGCGAGUUCCGGUCGGCGCAGGCGCUCGGCGGCCACAUGAACGUGCACCGCCGCGACCGGGCUCGUCUCCGACAGAGGCAGACCUCCUCCUCCUCCUCCCCCAGCCACCAAGAAGAAGAAGCUGAAGCACCCCAAGAUCAGCAAGCUGGCCCUUACUAUACCUCUUUCUCUAAACCUAGCACCACCUCCACCGAUAAUACUACUUGCAGUAACGACAUACUACUGCUAGCAAGAGAUCAAGAAACCAUCAAGAAGAGGGUACCGAGACAGCAAGUACAAGUAGUUGCAGAUCAGGACGAGGACGAACCGGCCGGGAGAAGGUACAAGAGGAGGAGGCUUGGUUUGGUGGAUCAGCUGCCGUCGUCAUGUGAAGGAGGAGAUCAUCAUCAUCAGGUACUGAUCAUCACACCAACAACAGCCGCCGCAAGCCCUAGCUCUAUAAUUGCUUCUGCUUCUGCCCUUGUGGUUGGGGAUCAGCAGCAUCAACAAGCAGGAUCAGUACUAGAUCUAGAGCUUAGGCUUGGGACUAGUACUCCUCCUAAAGCUGUUGUGCACGCUUAAUUAAUCUGCAUGAAAUUGAUUGACAAGUACCCCAGUGUGGAUCACUCUAGUCUCUCCGUAUAUAUAUAUAUAGGUCUUGUUAGCUGGCUUCUUCAUUUAAUUUCUCAGUUUUUCUUCCCCUUGUGACUUCUCUUGGAUCAAUUCGUUUCUUAAUUAGUUUGCAAGGCCCAGCAUGCUUACAUCUCUCUCUCCCUCCUUCCAAAUGCGUGCAGUGCAUAUAAAUAUAUGUAUGCCAGUGUUGUAGAAGAAUUAAGCUUGAUAUUAGUGUAUUGAUUACAUUCUCUUCUGAAGAAUUGUAUCCAGUCGAUUCGAUCAUAUCGGUAUUAGGAUUUUGUAUUGUAUUGUAUGUGUUUGUAUACAACUUCUAUGGUCAAAUUUGAUCGAUCUCUUUUUACCAU